CAGAGUGGCCAGUGAGUCAGUGAGAUCAUUGAUAAGGUUGGUAGGUUUCAGAUAAUCCAGGAAAUUACCAAAAACUCUAUAUAAAGAGAUGGACUGAAGCAGAAGUCCUCAAUAUACAGGAGUCCAGCACAGAGGCACAAUGAAGGGGAAUCUCUCUGUCAACAUGGUAACUGCUGCAACCACAAAGGGCUCAGUGAGAUCAGCUGGACUGUCUCUUCUUCUGUUGUCUUUUUUUCUUUACAUAGCUGAUUCUUACCCCAACGUCGACUUAUCAAACGUGGGCUGUGAGGAAUGCACACUGAGAAAGAACAACGUUUUCUCCAGGGAUCGUCCGGUCUACCAGUGCAUGGGCUGCUGCUUCUCCAGAGCGUACCCGACCCCUCUCAAGGCCAUGAAGACGAUGACGAUCCCGAAGAACAUCACCUCGGAGGCGACGUGCUGCGUUGCAAAGCAUAGCUACGAGACAGAGGUGGCCGGCAUAAGGGUGAGAAACCAUACAGACUGCCACUGCAGCACCUGCUAUUUUCAUAAGAUAUGACCGAUGGGAACUGGAGACCAUGUGACCGCAGCGCUCCACUUGGCAACAAGUUGUGUGUUUUGCUCCUCUGUGUUUUAAAAUGUAUGUUGUUGAGUUGCCAGAUAAUAUUUUUGUAGAAAUUCUGCAUCUGUGUUGUGUAAUUAGCCUUGAUAGAUGCGUAUGAUUCACUGUAGAUUUGAAAGCAAUUAAAAUAUACACCCAGA